GAAUCGAUGCAGGUCGGCCAACGGAAGCGAAGAAAAUCCCUAUUGGAAAUUUGAAAUCGGCCAUUAUCUCGUCGAUUUUCUAUGCGGAAAUAAAUGCGAAAAACGAAGGGACGACCGGAAAAGCAAUGCGGAAAUGGAAAAGCGAUGGGGAAUAGGUGCGGCGAGGGCCCCGUGCUCCACCGGAUCGGCGCCCGUUCGGGGCCGACCAGCCAUAUUGUCCCGAGUAUUGAUGGCUCCGAAUAAAAUGGUUUUCGCGGCCCACCACCACCACAGCCGCCUCUCUGUAUGCGUUCAUCUGUUCCAUCCGCAAUGCAGGCGUGCCUCCCCAAUAAUUCCAGUGCGUAGCUACUUUUCAGGACCGGAGCCCGAAUUCAGGUAACAACAUGAUGAUGGACAGUGACAGCUCCUCAUCGGAGGAGCACUCUAGCUCAGAGUGUUCCACCGAUUCCUCAGAUGAUGAUCAGAUGGAGGAGGUUCUGGUGGGCAACGCGAGGCUGGAGCUGCCGCAGGGUAUGUGCGAGAAGAGAGAAAUAUUUGAUGAAUUCUUCUCGUCGAACACCUGGAACCUGCUUUCGGAGAGCAACAAGCAACACCUCAAACAGUUCCUACCAAAGUUUCCUGACAACGAUGACCAGGAAAAGAACACGACACUGGCAAUGCUGUUCGCUGGUGAGCAAUUCAAAUUCACCAGUCCUCUGGAUGACUUCUACGAUCACCUCAAGGCAGGCCAUUACAGACCGGACAUAGCAAAAUUGAGGUAUUUUAUUAGGAAAGCCGAGCGCAAGGAGAGCCUCUGGAGGCACCGCAAACUGAAGGAGAAACUCAGCGCUGAAUUGGUGGAAUCUCGUAAGAAUCUGUUGGCGACGGUGAACGGUCUUCCACCAGGCGUGGAACCGAAGCAACCGAAGUCGUCGCAAAUCAAUCUCAAUCCGAUCUCGCAUCGGACGAAACGACGGUAUUUCCAAAUCCUAUCGAAUAUUAGGGCGAAAGUGGACGAGAGCGGUUUCUCGUCCGACGAGAACUACCCGGAAGGUCCACCGUUGGCGGUGAGCAGAAAGCAGAAGCGCCAUCUAAAUACCAUCAAGGGAUCGAACGUAUUGAACGGAGAGAAAAUCAUCACGGCGACGACGGCGAUGAAAUCGAACGGUCUCGAUCUGGAGCGAUACAUUGCACCGAACGACAAUCCGUUCAUCGUCAGCGAACAGUCUUAUAAGCAGUUGCUUCUGGAGCACAAGAGGCGACGGCUGAACAACUGCGAGGAUCAGGAUUUGGAGACGAAGGGCAAGAGCAUCACGGAUAUCAUCCACAGGACGAGGUUGAAUUACAAUAAGAAGUUGAAUAAAUUGCCGGAGCCGAAGGUGAAGGUGAAGAAGGCGAAGAAGGAACAUGUGCAGCAACAGACGCAACCGGUGUCGGAGAUGAACUACUCUUCGGAUUCUGACUCCGAUUCGGUGGUGGUUGAUCUUCCUACUGCGACGGCGUCGACGACGACGAUGACGACAAUUGCGGCGUCAGUCGCACCAAUUGCUGUCGCUCCGCCCGCGCUCUCUGCAUCUCCGUUGAAAGCGUCCAAACCCCCCAAGAAGGUGACCAAACCGCCGCCCUCGCCUAAACCGGUGCCUCAAAUCAAGGAGGAAGAAAUCAAAGUGGAACCACCUCAACCUCCGCCACCGCCUCCACUUCCUACUCCCGUUGUCGUCGUUAAGCAGCAACAGCAGCAGAUUUACCAACAACCGCAACCGCCUGCGCCGCCUCCUACACCACCUCCUCAGCUUCAACCACAGUACAAUAAACCGCCAACGCCUCCACCGCCACCACCACCGAACGUCUUCACUCCGGACCUCGAUGAAAUCGACAUGAUCAACUUACCGAUCGAUCUGAACGAUUCGAAUAUAGACCUUUUGGACUUGAAUCACCACAGUAAGGCUGAACUAAUGCAGGAUACGCACGCGAACUUCUUAGCUUUAAUCAGGGACAUCAUUUGCUCAACGGCGGAACAUCGGAUGGCCAUGUCCACGUUGGAGGAGAGACUCAAGGCGUGGCAGGAGAAUCCGAUCACGGCGCUCAACGACUGGUAUUGCCUUGCCGAUAAUUGGACGUCGCAGCUGCAAUCUGCCAUCAACUUCUUGAGCGGAAAUUGCCCGGAGCAGCCGGACGACUUUGUGCCCUACAUCGAAUACAAACCGUCGCUGAACGUUUACCAAUGGAUCGGAGCCGGCAGAGACUCUGACAAUCUGCUAUCGCCGCUGUGUCUGUAUUGGCUGGAGCAUCGAAACGAGAUGAAGCCGGUGAUUACGAUUAAGGAGAAGGAAGAGGUCGAUCUGGAGAUCAUGGACAGAUCAAACGACCUGGUGCCGCCACCGCCGAGAUGCCCGACCACGUGGACGGUGAGAAGGGCGGACCCUGAGGAGAUUAAAGCAUAUCGUGAACAGGAGAGGAAACGUUACGAUAAUCCCCAUAGGGCUUUCACCUAUCGCUGCAACGGCUACGAGAGCGUAGUUGGACCUCUGAAAGGUAUCUACAAUCCAUCCGUGGGCAACACCAAGGCCCGAGGUCACAACAUGCUUAGUGCAGAUCGUCCGAACUUUGUCACCAUUCUAUCACUUGUCAGAGACGCAACAGCGAGAUUACCCAACGGAGAAGGUACUCGAGCAGAGAUAUGCGAACUUCUAAAGUGCUCGCAAUACAUCUCGAGUACGGCCCCUGACAAUGUUCUGCAAUCUGUGGUAAGCGGCGCUCUCGAUAGGAUGCACACGCAGUUCGAUCCCUGCGUUAAAUACGAUCAAAAACGAAAGAUUUGGAUCUACUUGCAUAGGAAUCGGACGGAGGAGGAUUUCGAGCGUCUGCACCAGCAAUACCAGGGUAUGAAUAGGAAUAUGAAGAAACCCACGAAGCAAAAAACACCGACGAAGCCGAAAACGCCGAAACCAGAAAAAGUCAAGAAUAACGUGAAGACUACAACCGAAAGUGUCGUUGCGGAGAAAGCGGAGCCAACACAACCAAAGCAGCAGACAUCGCUAUUGAUAAACCAAAACAAAGAGCAAGUAGUGACCGUUAUUGAAGCCGAGCCCAAGAAACCGAUAAGGUCGAGGAAUCUGUCGCAGGAGGACAAAGAAAUCCACGAUGCCAUCCAGUCUUUGCAACAGCAUCCGCCCAAACCCCAGAAACCGCAGAAUAGCAGCACACAAAAGAGUGUGGUGAAGAUCAUCAAUCAGAACCAGAAGAGCCUGAUAAUACCUAAUCAUCCGGUGGUGGUCAAGCAAGAGGUGAAACCGCAAACGACGACGAUGGUGACGCAGCAGAUAAUCAACCCUAAGCAGGUGAAUCAGCUUAUCCGUGUUGAAAUUCCCGACGGCAAGGAGUUGAAGGCCAAGUCGAACAUAUCGAUAAAACAGCAGAUCUUGCAGAGCAUAUCGCCGCAGCAGCUGCAGAACAUCAAGAACGUGACGCUGUUGAGGAACGUGCGGCACGCGAACGCCCAGCAGAGCGCUCAACCCCAGACCCAAACGAUAGUCCUGACGCAGACCGAGGAGCCAACGGUGAAUUCAACGCCGGAGAUCAAAACGGAAACGGUGGAGACGACGACGACGGCUGUACCCACGCAGAACAUCAGGAUGCACACGUCGUUGACGCUGUCGCAGCAGCAGCAGCUUCUUCAGACGAUCCGUCAGAAAGGAUUGACGGCCCAGCAGCAGGUGCUGAUCAGGCACAAGGCUCCCAUCCAGAAGCAGACAAUUGGCGGCACUUCGCUGUUGGGCCAGGCCAGAGUAGUUACAGAUGGAAAUGUGGCCAAGACGAUUGGACAAGGACCUUUGGUGGCGAAGGUGUUGACGAACGCCGCAGGACAGGUGAUUUCCGUUGAGAGUUUGCUGGCGCACCAGAAGCAGCACGGAUCUCUGCCACAAGGUACGUUGAGGGUGGCUGGAGUGAAAGGACAGGCGAACAUAAUACAGCUGGCGGCGCCGAACAAGAAUCAAGUGGCGCAGGUCGUCGCCUCCCACAAUAACUUCAUUCAAAUUUCGAACCAACCAAAGUUAGUUCUGUCGUCGGCGGGAACGACGUCCGCAACGACGACGGCGAUGUCUUCCACGAAAAUAACGGGCGCUAAAACGCAAACGAUCACCAAGUUCCCGCCAAAGAUGCAGCAGAUCAUCAACGCCAAGUUCAUCACUCAGAGCAUCGACAGCGGACAGAAGAUAGUGCAACCGAAGGUCAUCAUCGGUCAGAGUCAGAUCAAGCUGGCGAACAGUAAGGGAGGUCUGCAGACGGGUGCAGUCGGCACCAGCAUCGUGACUGGAAGCAAACCGAACAACAUCCGAAUGGCCAAUCUGAACAUCGCCCAUCUGGGUGGGAAGCCGGUGCUGUUGGCCAGCAAGGGCAGCACCAUCCAGGGGCAGAACGUGAUACUGCAGACGCAGGCGAACACGAACAGUUCGGGACUGAUGGCGCUCACGACGACGACGAUGCCCAAGAAGAAUCAGAUAAUCAAUCAGCAGGGGCAGCAGGUGGUGCUGGCGCCUCAGAUUAAGAUGCAACCGCAGGUGCUGCUGAGUUCGAGCAUCAAGAAUUCUCAGGUCGGAACCGUCUCCUCCGGGCAGAUCCUCGUUGGAGGACAUCCGGUUCGACUGCAGACGAGUACGGCGAACGCGCAGAGGGUCGUCCUGGCGAGCCAAGGCCAGGGAGGCCAGAUCGUCGCGCAACAGAUUCUCCUACCUGCCGGAUUCCAGGGCGCUGCCAUCAACAUCAAAUCGCUGCAGGGCGUCAAGGUCAUACCGAUUGCACAGGGCAGCAAAGGUGGAAUUCAAGCGAGGCAAGUGUACGUGAACACGUCAUCAGCGGCGGCGAUGGCGGCAUCAAAUAUUGUGCGGGCUGUGAACAGUGGAGUCGCUCAGACGUCUCAGGAAGUGGCUGCAGCGACGGCGACGACGACGACGACAUCCACAACGGAACAAUGAUAACGGUUACUAACAUACACACGCAUCUAUAAGCAUAUCUAUCAACGUGUGUGUGUGUGUGUAUGUGCGUGCGUGUUUAUUGUAUUAUGUACGAACUGUGUUUGGAUGAUGAAGAGGAGGAGAGUACAGGCAGAAAGAAACAAACGGACGAUGUGACGAGGAGCCACGUGUACAUAGUUAAUUUAGGCCGGACAUUCGUUUAUAAUUUUUUCUUCUUCGAUUCUUUUAGUCUAAACUAAUGUUUAAAGAGUAAUAAUAACAACGUGCGGACGCGACACGUAUAAAUAGGAAGAGAAAAAGAGCGCGAAAGCAAAGAGAGAGAGACAUUUGUAAAUAGAUUUUUUAGCCAAUUCGAGAAGGAGAAAGUGGACAAGAGAAAAAUGACUUUGUUUGUAUUUAAAUUUACGUUUAAUUUCUCGAGUUUGUAAAUAGUACUGAUAUUGGUUUUUAAACGAGAAGAGGAAAGGAAGAAAUUCUUUUGUUGUGUGGAAUUUACGAAGUGGAAACAAAUUCGUGCGUCGCGUGCAAAACACAACAUCCACACACAAAAAAAACAAAAGAAAAGAAACACAACACAUACGACACAACACAUUGAUUCUUCUACUAGUGAAAUUGUUUUUAUUUAAUGAAGUAAUAAUUAACACAAUACUGAUGAUUACGUCGAAGAGUCGACGAGGGAAAAAAGCGCUAUAUUUUCAUAGCUUAAUUUAUUAUUAUUAACAAGAAGAAAAAAAAAA